AACUUUCCAAUGGUAGGCACUAACUUUCCAAUGGUAGGCACCAACUUUCCAAUGGUAGGCACUAACUUUCCAAUGGUAGACACCAACUUUCCAAUGGUAGUCACCAACUUUCCAAUGGUAGGCACUAACUUUCCAAUGGUAGGCACUAACUUUCCAAUGGUAGGCACUGGCUCAUGGUUAAAGUAA